CUGUAGAAAAUUGCCUAGUAACAAGAAAUUUGAAACUGUUAUUCCAAACAAGUAAACUUCUUUAUUAUUUGCAGAAUUUGUUAUUUUUGCGAUAAUAUUUAGAAUUGAGAUAAAGUAACGUAAAUUAUUUCAUUAUUUAAUUUAUCACCGUAUUAAGAAAAAUAUGGAUGCACAGGUUUUUGAGCCGUCAGCCCGGAUUCCACUGCUUUGUUUCAUAAUGUAAUGCGGAUCUGGCUUACUAUUCUACCCGUGUUAAGAUGGAGACAGAUGUGAAUAAGGUGACCGAUAGCAGCCAAGAAGUGGCUGCAUUGUCAGAGUGCAGUCCUGUUCGUUCUCCAAUCGAUGAGGAUGAUGAUGAUUGCCAACAACGUUUAGGUCAUUUUUGUCAAGUAUUCAUCAAAGAAGAGCAGGUUGAGCAAGAGGCUGGCGCUGGAGGAAGCACACAGGAGAUAUGGCCCUCUCUCUGCACUACACCAGACCCUUCCAAUGCAACAGAAGUGGAUGCACUCAACUGCAGCAAAGCACAUUCUAUCUCUUCAUUCGAAAAUGGCACCGAUUCAUCGGUAGCUGGCAAAAAGCUAUAUAACUGUGAUCAUUGUAGCUUUAAAACUUUUGAGUUAGUAAGUUUUAAAAGACACACUAGAAAACACACUGGAAAAACGCCUUUCAACUGCAAUUUUUGUGACUAUAAGUGUACUACAUCAAGUAAUUUGAAAAGACAUAUCAUGAAACAUACAGGAGAAACCCCUUUUGCUUGCAAUUUUUGUAGUAAAACAUUUACUGAUGCAAGUGUGUUGAAAAUCCAUAUCAGAAGACAUACAGGAGAGAAACCUUUUAGCUGCGAGUCUUGUGAUUAUAAAUGUAUUACUGCAAAUGAUUUGAAAAGACAUACCUUAACACAUACAGGAGAAAAUCCCUUUGUUUGCAAUUUUUGUGGUAAAAAAUUCGUUACUCCCAGUGUGUUAAAAACCCAUAUCAGAAUACACACAGGAGAGAAACCUUUCAGCUGCAAAUCUUGUGAUUAUAAAUGUAUUACUGCAAAUCAGUUGAAGAAGCAUAUCAUGACACAUACAGGAGAAACACCAUUCAGCUGCAUGUUCUGUGGCCAUAAAUUUGCCUUUUCAAGUAAGUUGAAAUUACAUUUAAGGAUACAUUCAGGCGAAAAGCCUUUCAGCUGCAACUUUUGUGACUUUAAAUGUACUAAUUCAACAUCUUUGAAAGAACAUAUCAGAACACAUACAGGAGAAAAACCUUUCUCUUGCGAGCUUUGUGACUAUAAGUGUGCACGAAAAUCUCAGUUGAGAGAACAUAUCAGAACACAUACAGGAGAAAAACCGUACAGCUGCAACUUUUGUGACUAUAAAUGUGCCAAUUAUGGUAACUGGAAAAUGCAUUUGAGAACACAUACAGGAGAAAAGCCUUUCAGCUGCGAAUUGUGUAGCUAUAGGUGUGCUCGCUUAAUUGAUUUGAAAUCACAUAUCAGAACACAUACAGGAGAAAAGCCUUUCAGCUGUAAAUUUUGCGAAUUUAAAUGUGUCACAUCAAGUCAACUAAAAUGUCACCUUCGUAUCCACCAUAGUAAAUGAGCUGCUCUCUAGCUGAAUAUGUUUUUCAAUAAAUCCUAUUGCUGCUUUCUAUCCAUACGAUAUAUACAAAGUGUUUCUAAAAUUUACCGACAAACUUCGUGAGUGGUUUCUUACAUCAAAAUGCUCUAGCAAACAUAGGUUACAAGAUGCUUUGUCACCAAGAACAUUGCGGAAUAUUGCACAUUUUUAUUUAAUUGUAGCUGCCUCAUGAGUAUAAUAAAAUGAUGAUGUAAAAUUGUAUUUGGAAUCAAAUAGAAUCAAUUAUAAUUAUUCAACUUCAAUGAUUGUUGAAAUAUGGUAGAUCAAUUUGUGACAAGAAUUCAAUUUUAGUUAUUGAGAAUCAUCUACUGUAAUUUCUUCUAGCAUUAGAUGAAGCUUGUCUCCACAAUCUCAAGGAGGAGUAAAUUAUUCUUCAUUUUUUGAAACAAUUACAUCAUUAAAAUAAUGAUUAGGUACUGAAUAUUCUAUUCCAGUAAAAUUUCAAAUUCUAACAGUAAACCCAUUAAGGUUCUGGUUCAGUAGGUUACUCUAAUUGUAUUUGUUAUCAGUUGAAUAAUUUAUUCAAAUUAAAUUUAUUUGUUACAUUAAUUGUUAUAUAAUAGUUCAUUCAUCUCAGUUCAAUCAUUAUAAGUAGAAAAAACGGGUUUCCCAAAUAAUAAAAUUUGACAAAAAUAAAUAUGACUUCCACCAUGUUAUAUUAGUUACUGUAUCAGCUAUGCACAUUGACAAUGACCAUUAUAAUAAAUUAUUUAUAUUAUUAUAUAGUUUGUCACGAGGUAAAAAAACCUUUGCUGACAUGAGAAGAUUGAAUUUGUUAUUUAUAUUAGUUAAAAUUGUUGUAGUCUGAACACUGUGUUUCUACGUGAAUAUUACAAAAAAAACACACUGAUAAGGAAUGCAUUUCACUCCUGAGGAGGAGCUUUAACAGUCUCAUUGUUAUCUGGUGAUCAAGCUCCUCCUCAGGAGUGAAAUGCAUCACAAAGUAGGAGAACAUUAUCCUCUUCCCUGUGAAUACAUUCCUCAUUUCUCAUCAAAAAGUAAGUGUUUUCUAAGUAUUAACGUAGAAACACAGUUUCUCGACUGAAACAACGUUAGUUUACUGUUGCUGUACAGUGUUUCGUCAUGGAAAACAACAUAAAUUAGGCUAUUAUGUAAUACAAACUUGGAAACUUCCAUUUAUAAUUUAAGGA